CUGGGAUUAAGAAAGUCAACUAAUGCUUCCCAGCGCCAGGAUUCCGGCAGCACGGAGCCUCCCGAGGCGGAGAACCGCGGCGGCACAUCCAGCGGGCAGGAGCCGCCUCUCCCCGCAGAUGCCGUUUCAGCCCGGAUUUGUGAGCAUCCCACCCCUGCAGCGCAGCGAGGGGCGCUGAGAGCGGCCAGACCCGGCCCCAGCCCCAGCUCCAGCCCCAGCCCCAGCUCCAGCCCCAACCCCGGUUCCAGCCCCAGCUCCAGCCCCAGCCCCAGUGCCAGCCCCAGCCCGGCCCGAGCCGCUCCGCUCAGCCCCGGCGCUCCGGAGCUCCCGCACAUCCCGCCUGACCCGCACAUUUCACCAGACGAGGCGUGCUGGAGGAACAAGGACACGAGACAACAUGCGGCUGGGUUGCAUCCUUUUGCAAGCAGGAACAUUAUUUCUUUCCUAUGCCAAAGACUGACUGCGUUUGCCCUCCUGUUUUACUUCGGCUGUGGAAGAAAUUUAAGCAAGAACAUGUAUAGUGAAUUGCUGAAUUCAACCAGUGCCACUGAAGCUCACCUAAUGAUUCAGACCAACACGCCCUACCUGAGCAGCACUCCGAGACCCGUGAGCUCCUCUGCUCUGUACAUGUCGACAGCCAGGGUGUUAAAAGAAGGGGAAAUAAAUAAGCCAGACCUGAUCGCUCAGGGAGGCGAGGAACCCGUGGAGGACACAAGCUGUCUGACACUUCUCAUUCCAGCAGGAGCAGGCACCACAAUCCCUGUGCAAAGAGGAGUUGGUGCCGUGUGCCAGUGUAUGGAUGUGACCCCCUUUAGAGUAGGGGGCAGGAGGAGAUUGCUCAAAAUCAUGCUGUAUGCCAAUCUGAGUAGCUGUAAAUAAAAAGCUCUGUUAUGAACUGAAGAGAAUGCUUUAGCAAAUUUAUACAGUUUUUGCAAAAAAAAUUGCCCCGUGAUUCCAGAUUAAGCUCUGUGUGUAUGCAAAUGUCAUCAUCCACCCAUUCAGUGUCCAUACAAGGAUAAUUGUAUUAACAACAAUUUCUGAUUUGGUCAUCUGGUGGAGCUUGUUCCCCCAUGUUUAUGAAACCGAGCAUCAAAUGUAAAAAAAUAGUGUGUUUGCCUAAGAGCUCCACAGAGAUGAGUUUACUUUCCAGACCCGUUUCUCCCAACUGCUGCUGGAAAUGCAUGGUGAUGCUGUGGGAGGCCUGCCAGGCAGGAGGAGAAAAUGAAAAAUGUUUAUUUAGGCUUUUGAUUGUCAUUCUGUUAAGAGUGUUUUUGAUGUUUGAAUGCAUCAUCGAUCAAGUCUUAAGUUACUAUUUAUGUGAAACACUUACCACCUAAGGAAUUUAUUUUCAUCUUUCAUAAGCUGCAAAGGAAAUUAUUUGCCACAGCAUGAAACCAAAAUAAUCAGGAUGGGGAGAAGUGGGGAAAGAAAAUUAAUAUAUUUAAUAUUAUGCAAACUAAAGAAAAGUGUGAGCAGAGUGCUCCAAGUUUGUUACACAAUGUGGAUAAGUUCUGAAAGCCAUAAAACAAAGCUUUAUAGGAAUAGUAGCUUUACUUCACCACUUCUUGCUCUUCAUCUAGACCUGGCCCAACUGAAAUAAUGAAUUAUCAAUAUGACAACAGCUUGAUUCAACCCUGGUCACUGGCAACCCCUACCAGUUCAAAUUACUAUCUGAUUUUGUUCUAAAAUCAGAACAAAAAAAAGCUUCUGCUUAACACUGGUAGGUGACAAUCUAUUUUGUACAUGAUGAUUUCCUGUAAACUUGCAGUUACAACACAAUUCCAGAUCAAGCUGCAUGAACCUGGGAAGAGUGUCCAUAAUUCCCACAAACAGCAGGAAAAGUGCUUUUGUUGUUUUUGUUUUUUUUUAAUAUCAGAUGGUUCAACACACAGGAGAAUUGCAGCUAUCCAGAAACACCCAGUCCUAAAUCCUGUUUUAGCUGCAGUUUUGGAUAUUGGAUCAUCUGAAAUGGGGUUCAAAGUGGUGUCGGAUGCUGCUCCUAAUCCUGUUCUUGACCUGCAGAAUUCUCCAGAGGAGCUGCGUGUAUAGAUGUCUACAUAACUUAUUUCAUCCAAAGGAGGAGAUUUUACAAUGCAAUUACACAUGCAUACAGGCUUGCACUCAAGAACACUGACAAAAUGUAUAUGGAAGUUUGCAAGCUUUUUCUUUUUUAAUCCAAAAAUUGCACAGUUGAUAACACUUCCAUGUCAUUGGCUUUGUUACCAUGUUUGAUUUUGCUCCAAUAAGCUAAACUACUACAUAACAGAUUUCAAUAUUUUAUUCCUGGAUAUGUGGCCAAUAUUUCUUCUGAACCAAAUUUAACUGGUGUAAUUCCAAUUAAUGCAGAAAGCAACAAUAAAUGAAAUUGUAUUUAUCUCAGCCCUUUUUGAAUAAAUCAAGUUUUAUCAAA